AUGGACCCCACCUUCGAGUUGUACAAAGGGUAUAAAGAGUUUUGCAAGGCCGACAAUAAAAUGGCUGAAAUCAAAGGCAGGGUCGAGAUGCAGGCGCAGUCCAGUAGCACGCGUAGACCAGAUGUUCAUGUGAUUUUUGGUAGCAAGAAUCCAGCAGCUUUGAAGACCUUUAUACUGACUUUGUUGACAUCUGAUGUAGGAUUCAUUGAAGAGAUUGAUUUCAAAAAGAACGGUCGGAAUGGCAUUUACACGGAGACCUAUCUUGCGCAGACGAAAACUUUGUUCGAAUUGGAUGUGAACGCGAAUGAGAACUUUGUGUACUUGGCUGGACAGAAGCCCCCAAAUCCGGUGCACAAGAAAGGUUUCCCCUACGAGUGGAGCCUUAGUAAUCAUCCUGGGAAAAACCCCCGGGAUACGGUUAGCCCACAACAACAUCGCGAUAUGGAAAAGAAACAGCAAGCCGUUCGGCAGAAAACAGGAUCAGCGGCUGCUGGUGAAACAGGUGGACGCGGUCAAACCGGAACAGUAGGACAGUCCGCCAACGUGCCGGGAGGUGAUGCCGCUUCAUCUGCAAGACGCGCCAUAAAUGCGCCCACCGGCACAUCAACUGGAGCUGGGUCUGGUGGUUCUUCAAGCAGCGUACCCGCCGUCGCUAGUGAAAGCGACAAGAAAUGCUGUUGGAUUACUUAGGUCCUUCAAUAAACCAACCCGUAUUUGCUUUUUAUGUUCUAGCUCGGGUGCAGUACUCGGUAACUUAGCGGCUUAAUUUUGUAAUAAGGUUUUUCUUUUCCGGGAAUUAUGCAGGUGUGAAACGUG